AUGUUCUAUCGAUCUGAUACAUCGCCAAAGUGUUAUACAGAAUGGUAUGACCCAGUAACCAAACUACGUGGGAAAGCACCAGAGAUAAAUGAUUGUCGAUUGACAGGUGGUCUAGCUGUAAUAAGAGAUCAGUUUGUUUUUGCUGUAGGAGGUGUAAAUGAAUCAAGUUCAAGAUCUGUUAAUAUGCUUGAUGUAUCCUCACAAUCGCCGUCAUGGGUUCCAAUGGCCGACAUGUUAGAAAGUAGAAAUGAGUUAGGAGUUGGUGUUUUAGAUGAUUGUAUAUAUGCAGUUGGAGGACACGACGGCUAUAAUGCUUUAAAUAGUCUAGAGGUAUUUGAUGUCAGUAAUCAAAAAUGGAGAAUAGAGUUUGGUAUGGCAAUUGAGAGACAUGAUUUUGAUGUUGGUGUACUCAAUAAUCUUCUAUACGCGGUUGGAGGUGGUGAUGGUGAAUUUUGUUUGAAAUCUGUGGAAUAUUAUGAUCCCGUACUUGACACAUGGACACCAGUUGCAGAGAUGUCUACAAACCGUCAAGGUGUUGGUGUAGGAGUCUUGGAUGGUCUUAUGUAUGCUAUUGGUGGAUAUGGUAGUAAAAAGUAUCUUAAAAGUGUUGAGGUUUAUAGACCGAUUGAUGGAAUUUGGUCUUCUGUAGCUGAUAUGGAAAUAUGCCGAUUUCGCCCUGGAGUAGCCGUUUUAGAUGGUUUAUUGUAUGUGAUGGGCGGAGAAAAUGAAUCAUCUAUUGUUGAUACUGUAGAAAUUUACAACCCCAACACCAAUACUUGGACCUUGGAAAGAUUGUCAAGAAAUGAUGUACACAUUUAUGGUGGAGUAGUUGUUGAUAGACCACCAAAUUUUACUAACUAA